GUGACAGGAUACCGGCUCUUGUCUGGGACUCCGCGCAAAUGCCAAAUAAACACUUGCGGUAACAUGUGACAUACCUAAAUCUGGAGGUCAUUCCCAGUGCCUUGGGGUACGAGGGGAUGGGAGAGACCGCGCUGGGCACUGGGGGACUGCGAUGAAAUCCAAGUAAAACCUAUUGGCAAGGCUGAAAUGGCCUCCCAUCCGGAUUGCGGUGUUCACGAGCUUUUUUUGGCGCGGGCCAGGCUCGAGUUUGCAAUCUGCCGUCCUCGCACCCCGACUGCAGACCCUGGGCGGCUGUGCCCCCACCCCCGCCUCCUGCUGCCGGCGAGGGUUGCGCCUCCCGCACAUUCGCCCCUCCCAGCUCGGCUCCUCCCCUGCGCGUGCACCCGGCGCCCGCUCCCGCUCCCUCCAGCCUCCACUGGCAGCUCAGGUCCGCCUGGAAUUGACACCCACACUCCUACGAGGCCUGGAAUCCCGAGGGGGCCCCUCUGGACCCUGAACUUCGCGAGCCAGCAUCCCACGGGCUGCAUCUUAAUUUGCAUGCCUCCUGGUCUUUCUCCCCACGAACCUAACCUCCCGCGGACGGAGAGCUUACCUGUCUCAGCCACCUGAGUAUCCCCACGACGAAGCGUAAGGCUUCUUGGAAAAACAAAGAUGAAAGCAAAUUGCAAGAAAUGAACCCUAGAAAUAAAUUAUCAAACGCCUCGAGAGACGCAUCUUUCCACCGCUCCUCCAACCUGGAGUCACCAACUUGAUAGAGUAAUUGAUUUACCUUUUUUCAAGACCAAAUCUGACAUGUUUUUAACCGUCAAAUAUUGACAGAGACACUCGGACUAGUUAACCACAGUUUUGCAAGACUCCGCCUUUUCCAUUAUCUCGCUUUGUUUCAGCCCCUUGGCGGCCUCUCACCUCGGUCCCGGGACGUUUGGGCUUUGUCCCGGGCGUCGGCCCCCCGCCGACCCCCGCCACCCCCUGCCACCCCAGAGGUUUGUUGUUGAGGAAGGAGAUUCCCCAGGAAGGCCAAGUCCCAGGCUCUAGGUCAGAGCAUUCCUUAGUGCCGAAGAGUGAUGAGCUCCAGUUUCUUGGAUAUCCUGACUCCCAUUUCUCCUAAGACCUUCUGGGGAAAGCGCAUUUCUUAUUGGGGAGCUGUGGACCGCAGGAAGAUGGAGUGCUUUUCUUCAAGUGUGAUUUUGAUCAUGGCCAUUUCCAAAGCAUUAGAACUGGGAUUAGUUGCUGCUCUGGUCCACCAUGAACUUGCACAUCCGUCACAGGGAGACCUGGACUUCAGAGGUGCCGACGCUCGGUCUCAGAAGGAACCUGCAGUUCGUCAUCAGCCUUUCCAGCUUGUGCCGUUCCCAGGAAUCCAGAACACUAAGGAGCUCAACAAAACCUGCUGUCUGAAUGGGGGAACCUGCAUGCUAGGGUCCUUUUGUGCCUGCCCCCCCUACUUCCAUGGACGGAACUGUGAGCGUGACAUGCGCAGAGAGAACUGUGGCUCUGUGCCCCAUGACACCUGGCUCCCCAGGAAGUGUUCCAUGUGCAGAUGCUGGCAAGGCUGGCUUCGCUGCUUUUCUCAAACAUUUCUACCUGGUUGUGAUGGCCACGUGAUGAAUGAGCACCUCACGGCUUCCAGGACUCCAGAUUUGGUGCCAUCUGCAUUUACUACUCUUAUGCUGGCUUGCUUUUGCCUUUCUACACAAAGUUACUAUUAAUCAACAUUUGCCUUUCUCUGCAACAACCUUGUAUACCAUGGAAAUUUCAUGGCUGCCAGCAAGGUCACCACUCUAAUAUCAUACCUGAAAGAUGAUCAUAUAUUAGUUGCCUUCCAAUAAUGAGUACAUUUCCAUAAGAGUUCCUAACACUUCCUUAAAGUACCAGCUACUUCCCUCACUCCACCCCCAGCCUCCCACCAAAAACUACUUUAAAAAAAAGUCAGCCAUAUCUACAUUGUACCCUUGUCCUUUGUUUCUUGAAUCAUGAGCUCUAACCAAUGAGAAGGAAUUCUGAUUAAUAUUUUCUUUUAAACAAUUGAAUUCUGUCUCCAGGUUAUUAAAGUCUAAUCCUAAUGGGGAACGGAGCAUAAAGUUUUUAGUAGAGUCAAUAAAAGUCAAUAAAGACAGAAUCUUUAAAAGAAACAGAAGGAAAGUGUUUUAAAGUGGAGGAGAGAGAUGCUAGAGGUGAGGGGACAGGAGUGCUGGGGUGAUGGAAGGAUGCCUGCAAACCAGAGGUGGGGAAGAAAGAGGAAGUAAAUGGAGAGACAGUGGAGAAAGGAAAGUGGGUUACUUGCAUGAUGGUUAGAUGGAUGUAUAGAAGCAAGUUAAGAAACUAAAUUGAAGAGCAAAUUUCUAUCACCUCUAGAAAACCUCCUAAGUCAGGAAAGUCCCUCUUUCCCAAGGCAUUGUAUGCUGGAGAAAAUCUUCAAAAAAAAAAUAUAUACAUCUAAAUUUCCUCCAACAAGAUUGGUUAAUAAAUUGUUUUCUCUAUAA